AUGUCUGUAGAGACUGCUCUCAACUUCUACGAGGUGGGAGUUCGUAUCGGAGAGAUCCGCAAGAACCGUUGUUGCGUAUUGUGUACCGUACGUGUAGAUGUCUGUAAGUUCGACGACGAAGACCUGCUGCCUGCUCUGGGCCCUAUCCUUGUUGUAGCUCCUCCUGAUGCGUGGGAGGGCCCCGUCUCGACAAACCUUUUAAAAGGAUUCAACCGAACGCAAAUCUGA